AUGGCUUCUUCGCCUACACCAAUUCUAAGUUCACCUCAUGAGCUCGUUGGUACCCCCACCAAAUCCGAGCCGAACAACAAUAAUGCACGCCCGGCACGUCGUCCCCGGCCUCAACGGCCUAAUUACAAGCACAUCCAUCGCUUUCCUCUUCCCUUAACCGUCCACCCUCUUCCUCCUCUCAUUCCUCAUAAUCCCUUGUCGAUUAUCAGCGUGGUGUUGUCGUACUUGACGUACUUCAUCACCCCCCCUCAACAAGAGAUCUAUGCCGCAUACUUUGAUUCGGCGACCUCAUCCAUCCAUGUCACCGAUGAAAAGGCAAUCCGAGCUCUGUGGGAGAUGGGAUUUUUCGGCAAGGGUACUUUGAGUCGAAGUCAACCCAGUUGGCUGGAACGGGAGAAGAAACGAAGAGGGUUACUUGGAGGUCAGACCAAUGAGGAACUCACUCGCCAGCGCAGAACCGAGCGACGUGAGCUGAAACUGGAGAGAGCAAGGAUGGAAAAGGUAGCUAUUGAGCAAAGACUGAAAGCCGAAGCUGCGGCACGUGAGAGUGGUACUACCCCCGCUGAUCAAACCUCAGCGGUGCUACCUACGGAUAGUCUUGCCAAUGGUGCAGCCGUCACCCUAGAGAAGUUCUCUCUCAGGAAGGCUAGAGAAGCCAAACUACUUGAGUCGCAGCGAUCGAAGGGGAAGGAGGAUGGUGAACAAUCCAUCUCGUCUCCUGCGAAGGAACCCGCCGGCAAAACAGUCCGCUUUUCUUCGAUCGUCCACGAAAAGGAAUUUUCAUCGGAUUCGGUAAUUGUUCGUCUGCCUGAGCCAGCUCAAGUUGAUGACAGCGUGGAAGCUAAACAGGUAGACUCUACACUUAAAAACGAGGAGCAUUUACAGCUAUCGAACGAGGAGGCUUUCUUCCUUGCUUAUGCGCUUGGUGUACUCCACGUUUUCGAUGAUGGGCACAAAGCUGUCGUUCCUCCUACCGCGCUACUCCCGCUAUUCUGUCACACCUCAUACUAUCCGUCCCGCAGUUCGUCAAUGAUUCUGCAACCAGACGAUCCUUUUCUCGUCUCCUAUGUCGUUUACCAUCACUUCCGAUCCCUUGGAUGGGUUGUGCGCUCCGGGGUGAAAUUCGGAGUCGAUUAUCUUUUGUACAACCGCGGUCCUGUGUUCUCACACGCCGAAUUUGCGGUUGUGGUUAUCCCAGCAUAUGAACAUACAUACUGGUCCGAAACACUAGAACGGAGGGCUUAUUGUGAAAGCAAACAGGCUCGUAGCUGGUGGUGGCUACAUUGUGUCAAUCGAGUCCAGGCACAAGUGAAGAAGAGCUUGGUGGUAUGCUACGUGGAGGUUCCUUCACCAGCAUCUCACGAGUUAGAGCAAGAUUCUGAGGAUAUCGGCGCUCUUCUUUCUCGGUAUAAAGUACGAGAAAUGCUCCUCAGAAGAUGGGUUCCCAACCGCACGCGGGACUGA